ACCCGUAUGUAGGUGACGUGUCUCAAUCCCGGAACUCAUCGCAGGAGCUUCGCAAGAAUUCCUCUUAAACAUCCAAAAAAAACAUCACAAUACGCUGAGAUGGUGACUGAUGUGCAGCUGGCCAUCUUCGCCAACAUGCUGGGCGUCUCUCUCUUCCUGCUGGUGGUGCUCUAUCACUAUGUGGCCGUGAACAACCCCAAGAGACUGGAGUGAGGCUGUGAGAGAGACAGGACGAGGACCCAGAGCCAGACGCUCAAGCAGCUGUGGAUAUGCAUUUUGUAUGAAAACGAUGUGAAUAAAUGGUCAAAGUGA